AUAUUUCCUGGGUAGUACUCAACAAAGAAAACGAGCAAUGGCGAUCAAGAACCUUCUUGUUCUUGCAGUUUUUCUGAGCGUUCUUGGAGGUUCAGUUGCUAAUUCGAAGGGUCUUGACCUUAACUACUACAAACACAGGUGUCCGGAUGCAGAAGCCAUUGUCCGUCGUGUCACAGUUCAAUAUGUUUCUCGCCAGACGAGUCUUGCAGCCGCUCUUCUAAGGGUGUAUUUUCAUGAUUGUUUUGUUCGAGGAUGUGAUGGUUCAGUUCUUCUGAAAUCUCCAAACAAGGACGCAGAAAGAGACGCUAUACCAAACUUGUCUCUUAGAGGCUACGAAGUGGUCGAUGCUGCAAAGUCAGCCCUAGAAAAGAAGUGUCCCGGGGUGGUUUCUUGCGCUGAUGUUCUUGCCUUAGUCGCCAGAGACGCUGUCUUAGUGAUCAACGGACCAUGGUGGCCGGUUCCAUUGGGCCGGAGGGAUGGACGCAUUUCAAGAAAAUCUGAGGUUAAUUUACCAUCCCCAUUCGCCGGAAUAGCUGCACUGAAAAAGAACUUCUUCGACAAGGGUCUUAACACUAAAGACCUUGUCGUUCUGUCAGGGGCUCACACCAUUGGCAUCUCUAACUGCGGUCUCAUAAACAGCCGUAUCUACAACUUCACCGGGAAAGGUGACUUUGACCCUUCGAUGAACCCUAGCUACGUUAGGACAUUGAAGAAAAGGUGCAAGCCAACUGAUUUCAGGACAUCAGUGGAGAUGGACCCAGGCAGUGUCAAGAAGUUUGAUUCUCACUACUUCAACAUUGUAUCUCAAAAGAAGGGUUUGUUCACAUCUGACUCAACACUUCUCGAUGACCCUGAGACCAAAAGGUACAUUGACACACAGGUUGCUACUGCUGGAUCUUCAUUCAACAAAGAUUUCUCCGAGUCAAUGGUUAAACUAGGUUUCGUUGAAAUUCUCACCGGGAACAAGGGAGAGAUCAGGAGGAAAUGUGCCUUCGUAAACUGAGUUUCAUCAAAGCUUUCUCUCUUUCUUUGGAUUGUGGAUUCAACAUUGUUCCAACUGUUCUUUCUUUUGGAUGUUUUUCCUUUCCUUCAAGUCUGUUUUCAGACAAGAGUAUUUCAGUGUCCUUCUUAUGAUGUUUUGGAAUGUCAUGUUUCUUUAACUAUCAUCUCCUUUAUAAGAUGCAUAAAUCAUAAUCAUUCCGCUGCAGACACGACAAAUAAUCUCCUCAGGCUUUUUAUAGAUCAUUGGAGCGCAUUUAAAAAAAAAAUCAUUGCAGAAUUAGGUAGCCAUCUGUAAUAUAAAUAUUUUUCCUUUAAACAAGAAAAUAAAUCCUGUGAUCUUGAUAGAAUUCAGAGAACACGAUCUUUCUGAUGCUGGUAUGAUGCUUAAAUAAUUCAAUUCUCAGGAACAUAUAAACUCAACUUCUUUGAAAUGAUCAUAAGAUUCAUCUCUGCCGUCUCUUUUGCUCUUUGGAAAGACUAUUUAUUUCUUAAAAUAUGCAAAUACUAUAUUAGUAACUCGGUAAUAACCGCGCCUUACGCGGAAUGUGAUUAUUAGUUUCGUUAUUUUUUAAUAAUAAGACAUUAAUCUGUUUAAUCUGGAUAU